AGAAAGAUUUCGAAAGCUUAUGACGUUGUUUAAAGAUGAUCCUGUAUGCAUUUAGAAUCCAGAAAUAAUAUUUUUAAGAGAAAUAUUCUAAUUUGAAACUGUUUAUGACUUCUUGAGGUCGUGUCUUUUAUUUUGAAAGCAAAGCCGGAACCGGAAUUGAGGCCCGGGUUCUUUAGGAAGUAAACAAACCCUGGGCAGCUCAGAGUGGGAUUUACUGGAGUUAGUGUUGAGAUUGUCGUUCAUUGUCCGUGUUUCUUACUGUCAUCUGAUAAUGUUACAGUUUUGCGUGUGUGAUAGAUGAACGUGUGUCCUCACCGGGUGUAGUACAGCAGCUCCAUCAUGUCAAGGAAACAGUCAGGGAAGCCCAUAAAGGCAAACAGGAAGUAUGAGUUAGAGAGGAAGAGAGACGAGAGGGCGGCCCGGCGGGCUCUGGCCAAAGACAAGAAGAACAGACCUCCAGGAGGAGACGAUGGAGAGGAGUUUGUCAGCUUCUCCAACCAGCUUCAGGCUCUGGGGCUCAAACUGCGAGAGGUGCCUGGAGACGGGAACUGUUUGUUCCGGGCUCUUGGAGAUCAGCUGGAGGGACAUUCGCAAGAUCACCUGCGUUUGCGGCAGGAGACGGUACAGUACAUGAUGACGCACAGCCAGGACUUCGAGCCCUUCGUUGAAGAUGAUGUGCCAUUCACACAACAUUUGUCAAACCUCUCACAGCCGGGCACGUUUGCCGGUAACGAUGCCAUCGUGGCAUUUGCUCGCAGCCAGCAAUUGAAAGUGGUUAUUCAUCAGCUGAACGCUCCUUUGUGGGAGAUAAAUGGUACGGAGAAGCCUUCAUGCCGUGAGCUACACAUCGCAUAUCGCUAUGGAGACCAUUAUGACAGCGUCCGUAAGAUUGGAGACAACUCUGAGAGUCCGGCACAUCUGCGUAUAGAGAGUCUGAAUAACUCCAGACGAUUUGGAGACGGUCAGAAGGAAAAGACGAGAGGUGCCUCUCCCUCACGCUCUCUCUCUGAAGAUGAAGAGCUGAUCUUGAGCAUUCUCUGUGCCGACAGUCAAUCAGACAAUCUGUGUCAAUCAAGUGCCACAUCACAGACGUGCCACAGUGAUUGGCUGGAGUCUGAACAAAACAACCAAUCAUCACAGAGAGAUUGUGCUUCAGGGACACACCCUUUAUGUCAAGGCAUGCAGGCUGAAUGUAGUGAAAACACGUCGUCAACAGAGGGCAGCAUCUCACAUAAACCCAAGCUCUCUAAUAAACAAAGGAAAGAGCAACAGCGCCUAGAAAAGAAGAAGCGUCAGGAGGAGAGACACAGACAGAAGGUUUUACAGGGCAGAGGGUCACAUGAUCAGAAUGUACCUGAAGCCGUCACUCUUGUGCCAGCGCUCAACACCCUGAGCAUCUAGAGCAAACAUGGGAAACCGUUUUAGGUGGUCCGUACACUGUGGAAUGAUCCAGAAAUGUAUAAUUUAAAUGUACAGGGAAUGUGUUGUAUGACUGAGGGUGCGUUCUUUAGCGUGAGAUGAUAUCAAGAUGCGUGAGAUUGCUAGCGGCUGCAUUUUUUGUACCAGACAUAGACAAACAUUAUCCCUCUUUAAUUUCAGUUGACUCAUCUGAGCUCAGCCAAAGAACACUUGGAAAGGGAAUCAAAAUACUGAGAGGAGAAAGAAAUUAAGAUUAAUUAUGGACCACUGUUUAAGCCUGUCGGGGUGUUUGAUUCGCUUGUUUAAAACACUUUCGGUUCUGGUUCUACAUUCAGUUUCUGCAUUUGAAUCAUUGUUUUAAUUUAGCGUUUCAUUUACAAACAGUUGGGCAACAUCAUAUUCUUCAGUGGAAUUCUACAAAUAAACUUUUCAAAUGGGAUUUAAA